UCAGAUUAAAUUAUAUACACGAUCCCCACCACAGCCUUUAUAUAUAAUCCUUAACCUCCACUUCAUUUAGAACUUUAUUCAGUCACAACACCAAAAGAAACAGAGAGAAAAAAAGAAAAGAAAUAGUUAUUCAAAGAAGAUGGCUCGUACCAAGCAAACUGCUCGUAAGUCAACAGGAGGAAAGGCUCCUAGGAAGCAACUUGCCACAAAGGCUGCACGUAAGUCUGCUCCUACCACUGGUGGUGUGAAGAAGCCGCACAGAUACCGUCCUGGUACUGUUGCUCUUCGUGAGAUCCGUAAGUACCAAAAGAGUACUGAGCUCUUGAUCAGGAAGCUUCCAUUCCAGAGGCUUGUCCGUGAGAUUGCACAGGACUUUAAGACUGAUCUCCGUUUCCAGAGUCAUGCGGUGCUGGCUCUGCAAGAGGCUGCUGAGGCCUAUUUGGUGGGUCUGUUUGAGGACACUAACCUUUGUGCUAUUCACGCCAAGCGCGUGACAAUUAUGCCAAAGGACAUUCAGCUCGCCAGGCGAAUCAGGGGGGAGCGUGCUUAGUUUGAUUGCUGAAGUAGUAGCUUUGUUGGUCGUAUUUUUACUGUUUUCGUAUUAGACAAAGACAAUUAAGGAAUUUAGUAGUAGUUUGUUUGGUGGCUGUAAUAUGGUGUUGUUUUGUUGUGCGUAGGGAAAACUUGGUAUAUUUUGUUUGGAUCUCUCUCAUGUUUUGUUGUCACACCUCUGGUGUCGAACAAUGUUCAGUGUUUGCCUCUAAUGGAUAGUCCAAGUUAUUGUAGAUAUUAUUGAUUA